UCAGAGAAUUUUCACAAAUAUUCUCUAUUGUUGUAUGAUUUGUUUAGAUAUGCCAUUUCCCAAGAAAUGUAGCAUUAAAACCCAUGCAACAAUUUGCAAGGACUCUGAACAAAGGACCCUUUUCAGAGUUCAGGGAAAAAAAGUGAGAAGUGAGAUUAUUGAAAAGUUAAAGGAAGAGGGGGAACUUAAUCCCAAAGGAACCUACAUCUGUGAAAGAUGUAUAAAGCAUGCUGAGGCAAGAAUUGUCCCUAAAAGAAAAAAAGACACCAUUGUUGCGGAGAUGGUGCAAAAAAUUGAGAAUGGUGACAUUGAAGAAGAUGACUUGGAGAUGAUUAUGAAGAAGAGAAUCUUUAAAAGUUUUUGAUGACAGUUUAGUUGCCGGUUCAAUUUAUAAAAAUGAUGACAUGUUAAAACAUUUUGAUCCAGCUCG